GUUCGCGGCGCGUUUAUGGGUUAGAUCUGGCGGUCUCGGCGCCGCGGAUCUGAACUGCUGCUGCUGGUUUCGGGGGCGCUGGAAUCGGGCCGGCAGGUCGCCAUCCGCCCGCCUCGUUUCGGCCGGUCUCCAUUCUGGGUGGCCUUGGGGCUCGCAUGCCUAAAUACGGUAAUGGAUGGCUGGCGGACGCAGUAACUGCUGCUGCUAAUACUACCUCUAGAAGCCGCAGAUCUGGAACUGGAAGCCAUUUGCGCAACACUUGCUUUACUUGCUAGUGUCUCCUCGGCAAAUCUGGCAGCGGUCGUGAUCUGCCCACCCGAGCACUAGCUUCUUCUCUCUGCCGAUCCUCUGACCUUUCUUGGGUAGCAUCUUCGAUAACCUGGAGACCACAACGAAGCAGAUCCCGCCCGGCAGCAGCAAGACGGUCCUCCGGGGGGAAGGCGCCAUGACCUACUUCCCGGAGGAGGUGGUGGAGCACAUAUUCAGCUUCCUGCCCGCGCAGCGCGACCGCAACGCCGUCUCGCUCGUCUGCAGGGUGUGGUACGAGGUCGAGCGGCUCAGCCGCCGCGACGUCUUCGUGGGCAACUGCUACGCCGUGCGCCCCGAGCGCGUGGUGGGGCGGUUCCCCAACGUGCGGGCGCUCUCGGUCAAGGGGAAGCCGCACUUCGCCGACUUCAACCUCGUGCCGCCUGACUGGGGCGGCUACGCCGGGCCGUGGAUCGAGGCGGCCGCCAGGGGCUGCGUCGGCCUCCAGGAGCUGCGCAUGAAGCGGAUGGUGGUGUCCGACGAGAGCCUUGAGCUGCUUGCCAAGUCGUUCCCACGGUUCAGGGCCCUCAUCCUUGUCAGCUGCGAGGGGUUCAGCACCGAUGGGCUAGCGGCUAUUGCAAGCCACUGCAAGCUCCUGAGGGAGUUAGAUUUGCAGGAAAAUGAAGUGGACGAUAGAGGGCCAAGGUGGCUCUCCUGCUUCCCUGAUUCCUGCACAUCCCUUGCCUCCCUGAAUUUUGCCUGUAUCAAAGGGGAGGUUAAUGCUGGUGCAUUGGAGCGACUUGUUGCUAGGUCCCCAAAUCUUCGAAGUUUGAGGUUGAAUCGGUCUGUAUCAGUAGAUACACUCUCGAAGAUAUUAAUGCGCACCCCUAAUUUAGAGGACCUAGGAACUGGGAACUUGACAGAGGAUUUCCAGACUGAAUCCUAUCAAAGGCUGACUGUUGCAUUGGAGAAAUGCAAAAUGUUGAAGAGUUUGUCGGGCUUUUGGGAUGCCUCCCCUUUGUGCGUUCCAUGCAUUUAUCCUGUGUGUGCGCAACUAACAGGUUUAAACUUGAGCUAUGCUCCUACUCUUGAAUCUUCUGAUCUCACCAAAAUGAUCAGUCACUGUGUGAAGCUCCAGCGUCUUUGGGUACUGGAUUGCAUUGCAGAUAAGGGCUUGCAGGUGGUGGCCUCCACUUGCAAGGAUUUACAAGAACUUAGGGUAUUCCCAUCAGAGUUCUAUAUUGCUGGGUAUUCCCCAGUGACAGAAGAGGGACUUGUUGCAAUAUCCGUGGGUUGUCCAAAAUUGAGCUCAUUGCUGUAUUUCUGCCAUCAGAUGACCAAUGCUGCACUAAUUACGAUAGCUAAGAACUGCCCAAAUUUCACGCGGUUCAGACUCUGUAUUCUUGAGCCCGGGAAGCCUGAUGCCAUGACAAAUCAACCAUUAGAUGAAGGUUUUGGUGCUAUUGUUCGUGAAUGUGAAGGGCUGAGGCGGCUAUCGAUAUCGGGUCUUCUCACCGACAAGGUUUUCAUGCAUAUUGGAAGACAUGCAAAACAGCUUGAGAUGCUUUCAAUAGCAUUUGCCGGAGAUAGUGAUGUGGGAAUGAUGCAUGUUAUGGAAGGAUGCAAGAAUCUGAGGAAGCUGGAGAUUAGAGAUAGCCCGUUUGGUGACGCUGCACUCUUGGGGAAUGUUGCCAAGUAUGAGACAAUGCGAUCCCUUUGGAUGUCAUCGUGCACUGUCACAGAAAAGGGGUGCCAAGUCCUUGCGUCGAAGAUGCCAAUGCUCAAUGUGGAGGUCAUAAAUGAGGUAGAUGAAAGCAGUGAAAUGGAUGAGAGCCAUGGAGGACUCCCCAAAGUGCACAAACUAUAUGUGUACCGCACAAUUGCUGGGGCAAGGGAUGAUGCACCAGAUUUUGUUAAAAUCCUAUAGUGCAAGCUGGUAUCUUCUUGUUGUAAAAGAUGGUCGGCGGAAUCGGGCAAGAGCUGGGCCGCUGCGACAGUAUCAAGCCCUCCGGCUGUCUCCCUCAGCUCCCCUCCCCUUUGCAGGGCAGGGCAGGGCCAGGAAAAGCCACGUCGGUGGGCGCCUUAUCCUGGAGCAUCUCUGUCCAUCAUUCCCUUUUAGCGUCUGGUCAUAUGGCCAUCGCCUUUAUCCUGUGCCAUUUUCUUACGAGGACCACCAACCAACCAAUCAAACCUUUGUUUCUUUCUUUUUCGCCUCUUCUCUCUCUCUUUGUACUCCGUAGCAGUACCUAUCUCCUCCAUUUGCUUUUGACAUUGACACAGUAGAUUGUGCUGCUGCUGUUGCUCUUGUUGUAAUGUUUAUUAUUUGAACCUGAUCGGAAGAAACAUUUCGGGGACGAUGGCUACGUUUCUGGCUCCCGUGAAA